AUGCCAACCAAACUGCUGGCAGCUUUCUUACUUCUUUCCGUCUUCCAAGCGUGUUCGAGAAAGAUCGACGAGGAUGAGUACGAAGAUCUCACAGUCAAUCAGAAGUGGGUGCUGGCCCCAAAACUGCAAGAUAGAGAUGCAACUAAGAUUUUAAACCAUUUGCUGAAGGAAUAUGACAAGAAACUUCGCCCUGACAUUGGAAUGAAACCAACUAUGAUAGAUGUUGAUAUUUAUGUGAACAGCAUUGGGCCUGUUUCAUCAAUUAACAUGGAGUAUACCAUUGACAUCUUCUUUGCUCAGACUUGGAUUGAUAGUCGCCUGCGGUUCAACAGUACAAUGAAGAUCAUCACCCUGAAUAGCAACAUGGUCGGAUUCAUAUGGAUACCAGACACAAUCUUUAGGAAUUCCAAAACGGCGGAUGCUCAUUGGAUCACCACACCCAAUCAGCUGCUUAGGAUAUGGAAUGAUGGGAAAAUCUUGUACACUUUGAGGCUUACAAUAAUCGCAGAGUGCCAACUGCAGCUCCAGAACUUUCCAAUGGAUGAACAUUCUUGUCCUCUCAUCUUCUCCAGCUAUGGAUACCCGAAAGAGGAGAUGGUCUACAAAUGGAGGAAAAAUUCAGUAAAAACAGGCAAUCAGAAGUCAUGGCGGCUCUACCAAUUUGAUUUCCUGGGCUUAAGAAACACAACCAAAAUCAUUGAAACAACUGCAGGGGAAUAUGUUGUCAUGACGCUAUACUUUGAUUUAAGUAGAAGAAUGGGAUAUUUCACGAUUCAGACCUACAUACCGUGCAUAUUGACUGUCGUCCUAUCAUGGGUGUCAUUCUGGAUUAAGAAAGAUGCAACUCCAGCCAGGACGGCACUGGGGAUCACAACAGUACUAACCAUGACAACACUCAGCAGCAUAGCCAGAAAGUCACUACCCAAGGUUUCCUACGUCACUGCAAUGGAUUUAUUCGUCACUGUGUGCUUUUUAUUUGUCUUUGCGGCAUUGAUGGAGUACGCAGCCCUCAAUUACUACACGUGCUGCAAGAAACCGAGUUGUACGAGAAAGAAAAAGACGAAGAACAACUAUUCUGUACUGAACCUGGGGCCAGCCUCUUCAGUCAUUACCAUAAACAAUUCUAUGUAUUGGCAGGACUUUGAGGAAGCCUGCGUAUAUGAAUGCCUGGAUGGUAAAGACUGCCAGAGCUUCUUCUGCUGUUACAAGGAAUGUAAAUCAGGCUCAUGGCGCAAAGGACGGAUCCACGUAGACAUUUUGAAAUUAGACACAUAUUCACGUGUGUUUUUUCCUACAACGUUUUUGCUAUUUAAUCUCGUCUACUGGGUUGGAUACCUUUAUCUUUAA